UCAACAGACUUUUUUUCUGAAAGAGGAAAUUCGCUGUUGGGGUUGACAAUUUUCAGGCGAAAUUUAUCGAUUGAGAACCAUGGCAGGAGGUCGACGAGGUCCAGGGCGACCUCAGAUGAGCCGAUCAAUGCCGCCUCCACCGAUUCAUGCGACGAAUGUUGUUCAUGGUGGGAAUUCUUCAUCCCAAGGUUCAUCAGUUCGCCAUCGAGGAGGAACCGGUGGUGGUGGGAGCAAUACCCCCCUUACCACCCUGAUUACCAUCACCCCCAUCCGGCAUCCUGAUAUCCCUAAUCUGCCAGCAGAGUGCAGCCUUCUCUUUGAGACGCACACAGUCAUCUACCUGCUGACUGCACUCUUUCUUCAAUACAUUAACAUAUACAAGACUGUUUGGUGGUUGCCUCUUGCCCCCUCUAAUACAGCCAUGAACUUUCAUCUCAUCGACCCUUUCCUGUUGAUCUUUGUAACUCUGGUUCUCAUCAGGCGUUUGGUGUGGCACUUUAUUAUUGAGCUAACGCCAAUAGUAACCAUAGUGACAGCGCGCUACUGUGUCCUGCAAGUCAUCAAACUUAUCAUCACCCUAACCUUCCUCAACCUGGGACUAUGGUGCCUCUGGCAGCUCAUGAAUAACAACUCACCUCUCAAUCUUCUGUUCCUUGCGUACCCGUUAAUCUCUUAUUUUCUUCUGUAUGGUCUGACCCUGGAUUUCAACAUGACCCUGUUUUCACAACUAGCGCCCCCCGCCAAGGGUAGCAAAGAGGAACUUUUAUGGAACGGUAUCACCAUGUUAGCACCAGCCAAGCACAAAUGCUCCCAUGUCCCAAACGAGAUCCGACAGGAAGCUGAUCUUCUCAAGAUGGACUUCAACUCCCGGGUGAAGAGCGUGCUUUUCAACUCGAUGGUCUGCGCAUAUUAUGUUGGCUUUGUGCCAAUUUGUUUCUUACAGCCUGCUAUGUACCUUGAUCUGUGGUGGUCCUGUUUUCUCAUAGCCUUCGUCUGGAUCAAUUCUUUUGUCAUGUUUGGCUCUCACUUCCUCCCGGUGGCGUACUGUGACGCCCUCCAUCGGUGCUCCCUACACCUGGGCCGAUGGCAGAAGAUGGAGCACGGGUACAGCAACACACCUCAACACCUGUGGUCAGACACGACGGUAUGGCCACAAGGAGUCCUGGUCAGGUACAACAAGGGUAUCUAUCGGGCGACUGGACAGCAGAAUGUGGCCUUUCCCUCAGACCGCUCUUACGCUCGCUUCUAUUUCAUGUUCCAUGACCCUCUUCGAGUCCUCAACCUUUUUGUUUUCCUGCAACUGGGCGUCAUAGCAACCCAGCUCUAUCUUCUUAUCCGCCAUUCUCACUGGCACUACGUCAUCUCCCUGUCUCUCCUCCUCUUCUGCAACUACUAUGUGCUCUUCAAGCUGCUACGUAGCCGCUUCAUCUUGGGCAAGGUGUAUCGACCUGUGCACGAAGAAGUGGAGUAAAGGUCAAAGGUCAACGGUUGAUUCCGUGCAAUGUGUCACAUACAACACAUGUCAAUUUGUCACAUAUUUCUGAAGUCUCAUUUAUGUUGUUAGAGGACAUUGGAUUGUUUUGACUCGCCUAGGCGUCGUGUCAUGAAACCAUCGUAAUUACAUGUUUAAAAAAACCCCAUUGAAACCUGUUUAUUAAACUAAAACACCUGUGUUGCAAGGGGAUGUAGGCUAUCUUAUACUUAUGACGAUUUCGUGAAUCCCUGCCAAAAGAGUAAUGUGUUAUUCUAGUGAGGUUUGCAGUUACACCUGGAAACGUUGAAAUAGAGCAUAAGUGGGCCCUCCUCAGAGUAACCGCAAAACUCUGUCAAUUUAAUCCUCACCAUGGAACCCUUCAAAGAUUACAUUGUUUGGGUACGUGGCCCAGACGACGUGUUGAGAUAUAUCAAAUACCUUUUGGAUUGGAUUGAUGGGUUGGAGAUAUUACAUUAAAAGAAUGAUCUGACCGUUGGGUAAUGAUACUUUCUGGGUUCAUCAUCAUUGGUCAGGGUCAUAUGUUACUAAGAGAUUUUUCAUUCAUGGAUGAAAUAUAUGGAUAAACGUCAUAGGUCGUAUUGGACACAUUGCAUGUAUCGCCCAAAGCGUUUUUAGUGUUGGACAAGAGAUAGUGUCAGCCAUUUGCAACCAUUAAAACUCUGAAAUAGAAUAAGUGCUAGCACUGUAUUCUGGUACUAGGAUAUUACUUUUUAUGUUCACGAAAGGUAUGUUAAUUGUCAUAGUGUAAAUCAAAGUCUCACAAUUAACUUUUCACUGCUGCCAACCAUGGGCAGAUAUUGACCAAUGGCUUGUCCUAAUUAACAUUUGUCAUGGCAUAAAAAAAUAGUAUAUUUUCAGGAUACCACCUCAGACUGUUAUGAAAUACGAAGCUAGCUUCAAAGUACAACUACUGAAAAAAUAGCUCUUGAAGAAUUAAACUCUGUAAGAAAUGUUGUAUUUUUUCAAACUUAAUUGAUGUAAUAACUUUUAACAGUCUUUUGUAAUUUUAAUCUUUACAUCAGUAACUACUAAAUGGAGGCAUGGCUUGAACUAAAAUUUAUCAUCCAUUACAUAUUGUGAUAGAGAAAUCUUGAGAUUAUUCUGGUGAGGCUAUGACCCAUUGCAAAUAGCUGACACUACCUUUAUAGCAAAAGUGACCGCUCAUUUUUCAUUGUAUAUUUCAUUUGGUGAGCAUUGUUUAGUUUAGUAACAAAAUCUUCUGACUUUCGACAUUUGUUUCUGAAGUAGUUGUAUCAUAGAGUUUGCUUGAUUGUUUAGGGUCUAUGUUUGUCCGAUGGAAAUAAUACCAAGAAUCCAGUAGUUUGCCGAAGAAAAUUUGAAGAGGAAUUCUUGAAAGUACGCAUCAGAGAGCUCACGUCAAGAUAUUACUGGUACUACAGUCAAACCUGUCUACAGCGACUGCGUAAGGGAUACACAAAAAGUGGUCUAUGUAGACAGGUUCCUUUAGUACAUGUUUCAAUGAGAAACCAUUUACCUGACAUUGCCUCCAUCCAAAGUCUCUGAAAGACACACUAUAGUGUAAAGUUCUCAAAAAUAAGGGGUCUUUUAUAGUUGUCCUGAUUUUCAUUGACAAUACCAACAGUCCAUCUACAAAAGCCCAAGUAUACGUAAUCUAGUCAUUCACGAUUGAGUGAAAGAUUAAAUGUAUAGGCCAAUGUACCUGUAUUUAGAGCUGACUUAGACCAGAUAGCUUUCAUUUAAAUCAAGUUUGUGUUUUGUGAUUGAGAUUUUUAGUUGUUAGAUUUAGUACUAUGUCAAAGCUGUAUAUAAAGGGCACUUUAAUAGAAGGAAGUAUACAAAGUGACUUUUGUACGCAUGUGGCCAGGUGUUAUUAAACAGGUGUUAUGAUGACAAGUUCCUGGUAUACUUGGUAAACUGGUCCUAGUUCUGUAAAGGUGGCCGUUGCAGGUUUAACUGUAAUUUGCUUUUUAGUUAUGUCUAUUGAUUGCUUAGAAUUGUUUUAGGUGUUAAUAAGCUUAUCAACUGUCUGCUUAAAUCCUGCUUGGAUUUCUGGUUUUCAAUAUUUUGUUUUUAGAAGCUUUGGGAAUUGGACAACUUCACGCUGCUGCAUACCUUGAAAAAAAUAUAUACCAUGGAGUUGGGAAAAACAAAUGGAUUUGACUACUUGCCAGUUAUACUCCAUCCUUUUUGUUAAUCUACUGUAUUAAACCGUCAAUAUGUUUGGUAAAUUUACUAGUUUUAUUGAUUGAUAGCUACUCAUGAAGAAAGCAAGGUGCUAAAUCAGAGGACCUUAUAGCAGCUAUUUUCACCACAUACAAAACCAGUACCGGUAGAUUACGUGGAAGGGAUUGUAAAUUACAUUACAUGUUGAACAAUGUACAUUUCUUUCAAGGGCAAUCCAACCAUUGUGAGAAAUUAAUUUCUUUGAAAGCAGAGAAAUAAGAGAAACAAAAUGGAGAAAGUUUGAAAUAGAUCGAACCAAGAGUGAGAUAGUCAGGAAUAUUUGAAAUAUGAGAUCACUAAAUCUACGCAAAUCUCAAAUAGGCAAGUUGGUCAGUGGAUUGUGAUUUAGUCACAGACAACUCUCCCAUUUGUGGUGUACAAAUAUAUCACUAGUUUCUGCUGUUUUCAGUGUCUUCUCCAUUGGAACUCCUUCAUUUGGAAAAAUAUAAGUUUUAGUCAUUUUCUCUCUUGAAACAAAUUGAAAAGUUGUCCGGUACUAUCUCACAAUGAUAUUACUGAUUCAACCAAUAUGAAGUGCCCAUUCUUUAGCUUUAGCAAGGCAGGCACUGUGGCACUCUAGCAUUUAAAGGAGUAAAUUCCUGCCAGGUACCCAUUUACAUCACCUGGGUUGAGUGUGGCAAAUGUAGAUCAAUGUCUUGCCAAAGGACAUUAGUGCCGCGGCGGGACUCGAACCGCGGACUUUCAGAUCGACAGUCCGUCGAAGUAUCCAAGUUAUUUCAUUUGUUAAAAAAGUAAAAACUUUCAAACUUAUUGUCCAAUUUCAUUCAAACUUUCAUUAGUGUGCUUCUCUGAUUUUUCUGCUUUAUUUUAAAAUAGUUGCCAAUUAAGGUUGGAUUUUCCUUUAAAAUGAAGAUAUGCUGUUCUAGUACAUGCAUGUACUGCAUUGUAAGAUACAAUCAAAUAAUUUUUAACAAAAACAUGUUUGUUUUGUUCAUUGAUGAGAAUAAGACACAUACAACACAUGCUCUCAUUACAUGUAGAAUCUACUUCCAUUCAACAAUCAUAUACCAGGGUCACUCACACCGCCAAACUGACCCUUAACUGACCGAUGCUUGGCCAUUUGGGGGUAACAGACUUUUUGUUUCUGGCUAUUUUCGGUUUGGCAUCGGUCUAGUUGGUAUGAUUGAGGUGUUCAGGAUAUAUCCAAGAAAAUACAUGUACGAUGGAAACUGGUGGAGAUAUAAGAGAGAGUUUAAUAAUUUUGUUCUUGUUUGUAUAAAUGUUGCCUUUCUAACAUCAUUUUGUGUGAUAUCUUUGUAUUUAAAGAAAUAAACAUGCUCCUAUCAUGCUGAAACUAA